CCUCGCCGUCGUACAUCCUCAUCCAGCCAACAUGAACGCCGUGUUCACCGUGGUGAUCCUGACCUUGAUGGCCGCCGUCAGUGCCGCUACAGCGCCCACCACAGCCAACCCCUGCCACUUGAAGCAGAAUGAACAGCUUAAUGCCGUAGGCAACAUCGGAGUGUAUGGCGUGAAUUUUGACACCAGGAGUGUCAGCCCCAGAGCCAUCCCCUCUCAGCCACAGAAGAAAGGAAAGCCUGUGGCCAUUGGCAACAUCGGAGUGAAUGGUGUGAAUUUCGGCGCCAAUAGCUUCAGGCCCAUUGUGAAUGUAAACAACACCAGCUACCCUCUGCGUGGCACCUACCAUUCUGGAUAUGUCAGCCCCAGAACCAUCCCCUCUCAGCCACAGAAGAAAGGAAAGCCUGUGGUCAUUGGCAACAUCGGAGUGUAUGGUGUGAAUUUCGGCGCCAAUAGCUUCAGGCCCAUUGUGAAUGUAAACAACACCAGCUACCCUCUGCGUGGCACCUACCAUUCUGGAUAUGUCAGCCCCAGAACCAUCCCCUCUCAGCCACAGAAGAAAGGAAAGCCUGUGGCCAUUGGCAACAUCGGAGUGUAUGGUGUGAACUUCGGCGCCAAUAGCUUCAGGCCCAUUGUGAAUGUAAACAACACCAGCUACCCUCUGCGUGGCACCUACCAUUCUGGAUAUGUCAGUCCCAGAACCAUUCCCUCUCAGCCACAGAAGAAAGGAAAGCCUGUGGCCAUAGGCAACAUCGGAGUGUAUGGUGUGAAUUUCGGCGCCAAUAGCUUCAGGCCCAAUGUGAAUGUAAACAACACCAGCUACCCUCUGCGUGUCACCUACCAUUCUGGAUAUGUACCCAGUGCUGGAUCUCCUUCUUUCUAGAAACCGAUCUUCACAUAAUCCCCUGCAGGCAACUCCAACAUCUUCAUGGGGGCUGUCGACUCUCUGCAGGUGAUGUCUUCAAUAUCUGUACUACUGAGCUCCCAGAUGAUCCACCAGAUGAACAGUUUUGUAAUGUCUUCUUCAGUUAUCUGUCUUAAGGGAUGCCCAGUCUGUGUUAAUAAAUUCGGAUCAGUGGCAUCAUUAUCAAAAGUUUUUCAUUCAGUCUGUGUCUCACUCCCAAUAAAGAUCAGUUUAGCCGACAUUUUCCUGAA